CAGCCGCCGACGCUUAAACAACGUUGGAAACGAAUCAGUUUUGCUGGUGCGCCGCUCCAGGCUCCGCCCACCACCUGAUCGAAUAGAAGAGGACGAGACGAAAGCACAGAAAACUACGCUGGUGAUCCAGAAAGCAGCUGGUAAUGACAGUGCGAACCCAGGCAAACACCAUGAUGCUGGCAGACUGCUGCUGCGGCUGCUCACUGCGCACGGGAACCAUCCUCAUAGCGCUCUGGUACCUGGCAGCCAGCCUGGUGCAGCUGGCGACAAUGGCGUACCGGUUACACACAGGGGACUACAUGGGUGGAGCCAACGACCAGACGCUGCAGCGCAUGUUCAGCAGUGACUCCAACUCGCUGCUGCCGCACCCCUACCUGGACACCGUCGAGAUCAUGUAUACAUAUUCGCUUCUGAUCACCAGCAUCGUACUGAACGUAAUAGAGGCUCUGGCUUGUGCUAUGCUUCUGUAUGAUGGAAUAAAGGAAACUAUCAGAUUUGCUCUACUAUGGGUGAUCAUCAAGGCCAUAAUUACUUGUUUGAGCUCACUGGUGAUGGUUCAGAUGUCUACUGCAUUUUUAUCAGAUGAUGAAUUCUAUCUCCCUGGUAUCAUUGGACUUCUGAUAUGCGGUAUAUUUAUGGCAAUCAGUGCUUAUUUCAUCCUGGUUGUCUACAGUUUCUAUAGAAGUCUGCGACAGAAGCUUGCACCCAAAGUGCAUAUUGUGAAGAAAGGUAACACAGUAAACAAGCAAAAAUCUAAUGGCGCAACAAUGGAUGGUGCUGCAAAUGCCAGGCCUCCGAUUCAAGAGGGCGAGAAGAAAUAUGCUAAUGUGAGCGAAGCUUAAUCAACACGUUCUACCUGUGAAUGUUUACGCUAAUCUAUUUCUUCAACUACAUCUGAAUGUCGAUAUUAUUGUCAAAAAGGAAUUCUUAUGUGUCCAGUUAAUUCACAUGUAAAUUGUUGACAUUAAGGAGACUGUCUGUUAGAGGGAGAUCAUGGUAUGCAGUCAGAAAUGGGAGGACUAUUAAAGAUAAUAGUAAAACUGCUGAUGGUGGAUUUGAAACAAUCUGUUUCAAAUAAUGAAUAACAUACAUUACACUUAGAAGAGGAAACCCGUGAGAAAAGUUUCCUGGUUAUGACUUGUAAUAUCUAAAAAGUUUUACUAUCUUCACAGCUGCAACCCCCCAUGAAGUAAAAUGUAAUACAGUUCCAGAUGCUACAUGAAAUGGUUGUUGACUAUCCAUUAACCUGACGGGAUAGUAGAUGUGUUGUCUUCAUAAUUCUCGCCUCAUAAACGACCACUGAAUUCCUUCUUAAAGAAGGACUGUGAGUCCAUAAACACUGUCACAUUAUCCAUUACGGUAUGUUUACCAAGUGUGGCAGUACUGGUAUCUCUGUCAUUUCAGAUGUGGUCUUAUACUUGUCAGUGACUGUCAAGAAAGCUGUUAUGAUAUAUGAUGGCAAUGUCACAUAUUUAAUUUGAGACUAUUCAUUCUAUAACAAAACAAAAACAAGUACUAACAUGCUAUUUGCGUUUGGUGUUAUUGAAUAAUUUAGUUUUCUGAAACAUUCACUCAGAGUCUUCCUAAGUUAAAAUUGAGCGUAGUCCAAUACGAGAAACCAUGUGUUUUCAUAGAUGAUAGAGGCACAUGAAAAAAUUGCGAUAUUUACAUUGUAUUUUCGAUGUAGGUUAGAUGUAGCCUAAAUAACAUAUAGUUAAAAAUACUGCAGGAAGUAUACAUUUAUUUUGCCAAAAUAACCAGUGGAAGUUCAUUAACACAUCCAUUGGUCAUAAAUGAAAUGAUCUGCUUCCAGUCAAGAAAAACUUUCCCACUGUUUUCAUUCAUUGAAAAAAAUUAACUGUGACUGUGUGUUGCAGUCGUGGUGUAUAAGCAGUUCCAAUCAGUUAUUACAGAAAUUGUCAUACCACUUAGUAAUCAAUGUAUACAGUGAAAAAUAAGUAAAAGAACACUUAGAAUUUAUUUUUAUCUGAAAAGGUUUAUACUCCAUGUCUCCUACAUUGCAUUACUGGAUCUCAUAUAAGCAAGCACGAGACUCAAACUACUUAAGACAAAUAUUUUAAAACAAUUGUUGGUGUGUUUAAAUAUUACAACCACACACUCUUCACAAACACGUGAUUUCAUUUAUCUCUCCAUGCUGGGCACUGACCAAAUUAUUUUUGAUAUCAUUACAUUUUGAAUGGAACAUUUGUGUUUCUUAGUUUAAAUAUUCUCUCAGUUCCUUAGUUCAUAAAAUUUUUCUCAGAUCCAGAAACACAUUUUCCAUGUCAAGCAGAAUAUAUUAUGUCAUAUAAAUUUCCAAAAGUAUAUUAUUGCAUAAGUGAUACAAUCAGAUUUUACAAAGUGGAAGGAAGUCAUUUACAUCUUGCUUUGAAUAUUUUUAGCUCUUUGGAGACAUUUAUGUAUACCCUUUAAAACCAAAUGAGAAAUACACACUUGACAACCAUCUAGUACCAUCACCUAUAAAAUAUAAUAGCACAUAUCUGCAGCUUGUCCUGUGUUUCACAGUUGAAGACAUGUUUCUCAUGGGGUAAUAAACAGCACACAGCAUAAAUCUGACAGAGUGAUGGGCAGAUUAAUGGUAAUGGAUUUAUUUCAAGUGAUGUUACAUAAUCAAUAUGUAGUAAUUAUAUUUCUGUUCAAUUAUUGUGUGUGCUCUGUACUGUCAAUGGAAUAUAUUAAUCUUUAUGUCAAGAGAUAAACAUAAUAAACUCUCGAUGUUGACACCUUGCAAUAUGUAUAAAAAUUGUGUGAGUAGCUGGUGUUCUUUGUAGGAGAUAACUGUAAUAGCUUAUAACAGUAUGUAAAAGACACACUACCCUUUGGUGUUAUUUCCUUAUUACUCACUCAGUUACCUAAAACAUGAACUAUUAUUUAUAUCUGCAGCUUGUCCUGUGUUUUUCAGUUGAAGACAUGUUUCUCAUGGGGUAAUAAACAGCACAUAGCAUAAAUCUGACAGAGUGAUGGGAAGAUUAAUGGUAAUGGAUUUAUUUCAAGUGAUGUGACAUAAUCAAUAUGUAGUAAUUAUAUUUCUGUUCAAUUAUUGUGUGUGCUCUGUACUGUCAAUGGAAUAUAUUAAUACUGAUGUCAAGAGAUAAACAUAAUAAACUCUUGAUGUUCACACCUUGCAAUAUGUAUAAAAAUUGUGUGAGUAGCUGGUGUUCUUUGUAGGAGAUAAUUGUAAUAUCUUAUAACAGUAUGUAAAAGACACACUACCCUCUGGUGUUAUUUCCUUAUUACUCACUCAGUUACCUAGAACAUGAACUAUUAUUUAUGACAAUUUACCUCCCUUUUUUUUACAUAUUUUUAGAGCUAGAUGACCAAGUUUUGGUUGUAUAGAAUUAUUAUAGAUGUUUUAAGAAACUUCAUACAUAUUUCUUAUUCUUUUGCAUAUUUGUUAUGUAAGCUGGAAACUAACUUGAGUAGUAUGCAGUUCAUGGACAUGAAGUACAACAUGUUCUGUUGUAAUUCAUGAAGCAAGUUUAUUAUGGAGGCAGUGUACUGUUUUGUUUUCUGAUAACCUACUUCCUUGCAAAUGAUACUAUAUCUUUCUGUUUGUUCUGUCUGGCUUUAAAAUCAAAUUAUUUUUAUAAUUAUGGUGAUCAUUGGAAUUUGAAACUACGCUCUAGAGAUUCCCAUAAAUGUACCUGAACUACAGAUUUACAAUUUAAAGUCAAUGUAUGAAGUGCAAAAACAUGUAAUUGACUAGAAUAAUAAAGGAAGGUCAGAUGCUAAUCUAUAAUUUUGAUGCAUUUCAACUAAAUUAUUCUGUUGAUCCAUAUGUUUAAUAUUAUUAAGUUCCCCUAAGAUCACAUAGACAUAAGGAAAUUACGAAAAGCUCAGUAUGUUCUACAUAACAAAGACUUAUAUUUGAAGGUCAUCCAAUUGCAUGUGUUAACUUUAUGAAUAGUGCUUUUGUUCUGUGAAGACACUGUCUAAUUUAACACAGGUUUAAUGUUGUAUGUUUAAAGCAUGCUAAUAAAGUAACCUAUUUCUGCACUGUGAAA